AUGAGCUCGUUCAAUCCAAAUCGCUGGUCGGCGACGACCUCCGCCUUUAGAUCUCGAGUGCAGCAGAAUACCUUUACCCAACAGCCAGAAAUCAAAGCUGGAUCCAUCUCACCCAUUUUGGACGAUUACUACGACGACCUGAACAUGCAAUACGUCGACUCCUCGCCAUCUCCUUUUUCUCGCGGAAAUAGCUUUGGCGACUUUGAAUCUGGCACUGCUCAAACCUUCCAUAGCGUUCAUCAUUUGGCACAGUACGAUCAGCCUCAUAACUCGCUUUACCGAGGGGACCAGUUCCAUGAGGAUGAGCUCGAGGGACAGCGCCAAGAUUACUCAGAAGAACACACAUAUCAUUAUGAACGUCAACGACAUGAUAGUCCUCAACAACGCUCGUCUCAGCUCCAAGAAAGAUACCCGCCCUCCGUGCCUUGUUAUAACUUCACGAGGCGAGCUGGGCAAUCAGCGCAUUCAGACGACAAUCACUUGAAUCGGGAAGAAGGGCGAAUUAAGCUGAAGCCUGUCUCGCAACUUCCCGACAUCUACAGAGCCAUCUUCAAGAAAUACGGCUCCUUUAAUGCUAUCCAAUCAGCCUGUUUCGACGAUCUCAUGCAGACUGACGAGAACCUGGUCAUCAGCGCCCCGACUGGGAGCGGUAAGACAGUACUCUUCGAGUUAGCCAUGAUCCGCCUCCAAAUGCAAAAUCGAUCCGGGUCCCGCCCCUCGAAAUGUGUCUACAUCGCUCCGACCAAGGCUCUGUGUACAGAAAAGUUCAACGAUUGGAAUACCAAGUUUGCUCCCAUCGGUUGUGAACUCACUGGCGAUACCUCGGUUUUUGGGCGCGACAUCUGGACUCAGGCCAAAGACGCGUCAAUAAUUGUGACAACUGGGGAAAAGUGGGAUAGCCUUACUCGAAAUUGGUAUCGGUUUUCCUCUCCCCUUACUGCUGGGUUAACUCUCGCCAGGUCGGAUCACGAACGCAUCUUCUCCCUCGUUCAUCUCCUUCUCGUCGACGAGGUACACGUCCUCGGAGAAACCAGAGGUAGUACUCUGGAAGUUGUUGUCUCUCGCAUGAAGCUACGCGGCUCAGCGACUCGGUUUGUUUUGGUAUCUGCAACAGUUCCAAACAUCGAGGACAUUGCCGCUUGGAUAGGCAACUCCAAGAAGUCAGGCCCUGCUCGCGUGCUGAAGUUUGGUGAAGAAUAUCGACCAUGCAAGUUGGCUAAGCACGUCAUCGGUUUCGGUCGACGGAAAGAACAAAAUGACUUCCAAUUUGCAAGGGUCCUCGAUAGCAAGCUGUUUGGUGUCAUUCAACACCAUUCCGCUGGAAAACCGAUUCUGGUGUUUGUCAAUACCAGGAAAGGAGUAUUUCAGACUGCGGAACAGCUCAUGAAAGAAUACAAAGAAUGUGAAACCAAGAGGCUCCCAGUUCCAUGGACCCAUCCAUCCAGGGUGGACACGUCGUUCCAUGACAAGAAACUGACUGAAUUGGUGUCCUACGGUAUUGGAGUUCACCAUGCAGGACUUACUAUGGAAGACCGGAGGGCUAUAGAACAACUGUACAUCCAGAAAUUAAUUCGGGUGUUGGUGACAACUUCGACAUUGGCUGUCGGUGUCAACUUGCCGGCCCAUCUGGUAAUUAUCAGAGGCGUUCAGACCUUCCAGAAUGGAGUAUCGGUCGAGUACUCCGACCUCGACGUAAUGCAGAUGCUAGGGCGAGCGGGACGCCCCCAAUUUGACACAGAAGGUACUGCGGUGAUCAUGUGCGAGAGCGAACUGGCGCCCAAGUAUGAAGCACUUACUCAAGGAACAACCGUCUUGGAGAGUUCUCUCCAUCGAAACCUCGCUGAACAUAUCAACUCAGAGAUCGGACUCGGAACCAUAACGAGCAUAGAGUCCGCCAAGGCAUGGCUGAGGGAAUCCUUCCUGUUCCAAAGGCUCCAGAAAAAUCCGAGUUGGUACUCCAUUGACAACGAAAACGGCGACGCGACAUGGCAAGAGCGACUGGAUAAUGUGGUAUUGAAGAGUAUUGAGCAACUUCAAGCCAAUAAGCUGGUACAAUUCAAAUCGGGUUCCAGUCUAAAGACCUUGGCGUCGACAGAGUACGGAGAGAUUAUGAGUAAGUUCUAUAUCCGACAGAACACAAUGGUCGAUAUCCUCGCAACACCUCCCAACGCGUCAUUACGCGAUCUGUUGGAGCUGAUAUCACGAGCAGAUGAAUUCUCGGAGAGCAAGCCCAGAGCAACAGAGAAAACGGUUUGCAACAAUUUGCGCAAGCAUCCUGACAUCCGCUUUGAAGUUAGGAAAGUGGAGAGUGCAGCCGAUAAAGCCUUCGUUCUCAUUCAAGCGGUUUUGGGAGGGAUCUCCCUCAAUUCCCCGGAGUACCACACCUCAGACUGCCAGCUCACCCUGGAGGCUUUCGGUAUCUUCCGUCAUGUAGACAGGAUUGCGCGAGCUAUUGUCGAAGUUGCCAUCGUGCGGAAGUACGGGCGUCAGGUCAAGGACGGAACAGAAUUGGUGCGCUGCCUGGCUAGCAAGGCAUGGGAGGAUCGACCUGUUGUUCUCCGCCAAAUAGAACACUUGGGCGAAAAAUCGAUCAAGAUUCUGGCGGAGAAUGGUAUCACAACCCUUGAUAAGUUGCGCGCGCAGAACCCCAUCCGCCUGGAAGCUCUUUUGAACAGGAAACCCGGGUUUGGGCACGAGAUACUCGGACUAGUCAACGCUUUGCCCCGAUAUGAAGUGAAGCUCAAGGAGAUUGCACUCCAGGCGGACGGGAAAAGCGACGUCGAAGUCGAGCUCGCUGUGGAAUGCCAACUGCUCAACGGAGAUACCUUCGCGACUGGCUCAAAGAAGUCUAAGAACCGGGGGUUCAAUAUGACUGCAAUACUCACUAUUUCCUCAGACAUGGAGCUUCUCGACUUUCGCCGCAUCCAGACUAAGGCAUUGAAGACCGGAAAGAGCUUCACGGUCAAUACCACGCUGACAAAACCGAGUCAAUCCAUCACGGUCAUCGUUGCGUCGGAGCUCGUUGCUGGCACCGCCAUCCAGGCCCAAUACAAGCCUGACGUCCCUCCCUCCGCCUUCCGAACCCUUGUCACUAAGCCCUGCUCAUCUCUUGAAAUGGACUUGGCCGGGCUGGAAGAGGACCCUGAUUUCUGGAACAUGAACAUCGACGACUCGAGCGAGGAUGCCAAGGUGGAGCAUGCAAAAACUGAGCCUGUCAAAGUAGAGCCUGUCGUCAGGCGAGCACCCAAAUCCCCUCCACCCCGCUCGCGGUUACUACAAGAAACCUCCAUCGCUCUACCACGCAAGAUGGCCAACGGAGCUUACGAUUGCAAACAUGGCUUGCCGAAACCGCCCAACGCGUCCAAGGCGUCGAAGGGUAAGGAAAACACAGCGACGGCCAAGCACUGGAAAGAAGAGGAGCCCGUCAAGGUAUCCAAAGUACAACGUCUGCAUUCCAAGCCGACCAAAUCUGCUGCCGACACUCGUGCACAAAAGAGCUUACAAGAACUUCAUGACUUACAUGAUAAGCUGAACACCUCUGAACGGUUGCGAAUAUCGAGUGGGCAGAGGUUGAAGCUGGACUCGCUGGAAUUUCUCAUGAAGGAUGAUUUGAACUCCAGACCGAAGAAACGUCUCCCUCAGCCAACAAUCGACUUGAAGCUUUCUGAUAUCGGUGAGACGGAAGCUGCUGCUGCGACAAUGAUCGAUUUCGACGAUAUGAUCGAAGAGGACGACGAUGAUAUUCCACUCGAAAUAGGGAACGCGUUGUCCCUUAGGAGACCGUCCGAUCGUCUACCAACUCCCAAGAAGCGAGCCCUGUCUAUCAGCAGCGAGAGCGAGGAUGAACCUAAAACCAUCCCCGCGAAGCGGACCAAGAAGCUUCUGCAGGACAAAGAGGAUUCGAUUGAAGCCUUCACGCGGCCUUCAAGUCCAGUGGCGCUUUUCUUGCCCAGCAGCUCUUCGGAGAGGAACGAGGAUGAGCCCCAACCAAAUGCUGCAGAAGACGACAUUGAGGCCUUUUUCACUGUUCACUCAGAAGAUUGCGGCCAACCAGUUACUGAAGAAGCGACGAACCCACCACCAGCAACAGCCAUAGAAGAUAAUGUCCAGGCAGGUAACAUCCAUACCAUCACUCCCACCCUCGUUACCCAGCCUACACCGAUUAGCGAAAGGCCGAAGGAGGAUACCGCCGUGGACAACUUUUACGAAGAAUGGGAAGACUGGGUUUACAACAGUGGUGAGGUCAAACUCGUCCCAUUAGAGUAA